ACCGCACAGACAUAUCUUGAGGACGCUUUAGGUUUUAUUCUAACCUGUUUUUCCACUUCCUGCCUGCCUAUUGUUCGAUUGCUCGUCUGCACGACUGUUCGUUUGUUCUACCAUUAGCUUGCUCUGACCCCCAUCGGAAGCAAAUUUUUCAUUUCCUCGAUACCCAAAACUGGAAAAGAAAGUGGUGUCACGUCUAGUUCUGACUGAUAUAUAACAGUACUCAAUUCAGUGUCAUAUUUUUCAGAUCUUUGCUGUACCCUGUGACCUCCGCUCUUGUCUCGACCUGCUUUGACUCGAUUCGACCUGACUUUGCUCGACCAAUACACACCAACAGUGCGACCCUAGUUUCACGAUGAGUGCAAUCACAAAUUUGAUCAAGAUGGAGACCGACAAUGCCGCCGACGGAACAGGCAUUGUCAAGUUGGUGGACCUCACUAAGAAACUAUUACAUUUGGAUAGUGCCAAGAAAAUUCCAACCUCUUUGAUCAACUAUGUUCAAGGCCAGCAACAGUCCCAAUUCGGCUCUUACCCAGACCACAAGGACGUUGCCCCAAGUGCCGUCUUUUUGGCGAUCUUCGUUCUCAUUGCCAUUGCGCACGGAAGUUUGUUCACAAUCAACUACAUGAGAGGUCACAAGUUCUGGCUAUCAUUUGCCUUCUGUUUUUACGCCACGUUGAGAUGGUUGGGCUUCGCCUUGAGAAUUGUCUGGGCCAAGGACAUUUUGAGGUUGCACGUUGGAAUUGCAUCCGAAGUGUUGCUUGUUUUGCCAAUCGUCUUUCUUGCCUCGUUCAACCUCGUUUUAGCACAGAGAAUCUUCACAUGGAGACAUCCUGUGUUUGGUAACAACAACUACUUCUGGUAUCUCAUGAUUGCGCUCUACUCUGUUGUCAUUGCAGUCGUCAUUAUGACCAUCGUUGCAGGUGUUGUUCCGUAUCUCUACUUCCUCUCCAGAUCUCACUAUGACAUGUGCCGUAACGUUGUCAAAGUUACCUCCAUCUUGAUUACCCUCUACUCGUUGCUCUCCCUUGCCUUUGUUCUCUUCACAUACCUUCUUCCAGUCAGCAAGGCUAACAGAGAGGCUUUGGUUUAUCAGCCUUUCUGGAUCAAGUCCUUCUCCCCAUUCUAUUUCCCUAAGAAGAAUGCGGCCCAAGAGGGUGAAACAGUAUUCCUCGAAAGAUACAGAAAUGACCCAAGAACUCCAAAGAGAACCAUUGUUGGUGGUGGUAUGGAUAUCAUUGAUAACGAAGAUAAGACCGAAGUGGAAGAGUUGAGGGAAUAUGAAGCUGUUGGUGAACAGAAGUUCUCUUUGAAGCAUAACAUCUCCAUCUGUAUCAUCCUCAUCACAUCUAUCUUUGUGUUUAUCGGCUCUUUAUUCAGAUGCAUUGCUUGUUUCAUGGACAUGGUAUUCCUAAACCAGAGUUGGAUCUAUGACCCAGUUGUCAUGUAUGUUUUGUGGGGGGCCCUCGAAACUAUCUGUAAUGUGCUUUACUUAGUCGGAAGAGUCGACUUGAGAUUUUACAGACCAGAUAGAUUAUCCAAGAAGCAGAGAGAGUUGUACACAUCCAACUUCCCAGCUACAAACGAUGCCAAAGAUUUUGGUGAGUCAACUAACCUUUCAAGUCGUCAAAGCUCAGACACCAGAGUCUGAUCAAUUGAUUAAUCAAACUCACAGGUGGUCAUAGUCCAGUUCUUUUGAACUGAAGAGAUCUUUUCUUUUACCAUGUCCAGACAUGCUUACUAAUCAUGUUAUCCAGCUUAAUUAAUACUCCU